AUGUCUACAAAGACUGAAAAAGAGUUGUCAGUAUCUUUGGAUAGUAGAAUAAAUGAAGAUAUGAAAGGGCUUCUAAAAGUGUAUGAUGACGCAAUUAUUGAGGUAACAGUUAGCUAUCAUGUUAAUUUGCCUCAAAUUGCUGUCAUUCUUAAUCAAAAUUCUCUAAUUGAUCUAACUACAUAUAGCUUUAGCAGAGAUUGGCCAUGUAAGUGA